AUGGUAGCAGUAGAGCCGCAGACCUUCCUUGAGAGGCACGACGAGCGGGCUGACUUCAAUCAGUACUGGUACUCUGGCAGCACGAUCAGCGCACUGGUGCAGGAGAUUCUGGACGCUGCGCCCGCCGGCGACAAGGUGGCGUUCCUGUCGACGCCCUCCCUCUUCUACAGCCUGCCAGAGAAUGCGGUGCUGCUGGACUAUGACGAAGCCAGCUUCGGCACCAGCCCCGCAUUUGUGCGCUACGACUACAACGCGCCCGAGCAGCUGCCCGAGAAGCUGGCGGGCAGCUGCGGCAUGCUGGUGAUCGACCCGCCGUUCAUCACCGAGCCAGUGUGGCGCCAGUACGCACGCACCGCGGCGCUGCUGCUGGCCCCCGGCGGCCGCGUCAUCUGCAGCACUGUGGCGGAGAACGCGCCGCUCAUGGCGGAGCUCUUUGGCGCCACGGCCUGCGCCUUCAAGCCGGCCAUACCCCACCUGGUGUACCAGUACUCGCUCUUCUGCAGCUACGCCCCCACCGCACUGUCCCAAGGCAACCCCGAGGUGCCGGACGAGUGA